AUGAUGUGCAGGGGAUUCUCAAUCCCACUCACAGGAUCUGCUCGAAGUUGGUAUCGUCAACUUAAACCCAACUCCGUUGGUUCCUUCGCAGAACUAAGCCGACUAUUCCUUACCCAAUUCAUAAGCGGUAAGAGGAGUCGGAAGCCCAAUACUCACUUGUUCACCAUCAAGCAAGAGCCUAAGGAGUCGUUAAAGGACUACAUUACUCGCUUCAAUGAGGAAACAUUGCAGGUAGAAGACUACGACGACAAGAUGGACCUCGCUGCCAUGUUCAACGGCCUAAAAGAGAGAAAGUUUACUUUCUCCAUUAGAAAGAAUCCACCGAAGACGUUAGCUGACCUCGUCGCCAGAGCUCAGAAGUAUACUAACGCUAAGGAAUUCUCCAACGCCCACAAAAAUGUUCAAGUGACAGAGCCAACUGGUAAAGGGAAGAGGCCAAGGAACGAAGAACCUCAGCCAUCCAGUAAAGGAUUAGACGACCGUGACCCUCGCGAUCGUCGUCCGAGCAGAAAAUCGGAGGGUAAAUUCCGUUCCUACACCUCCCUCAACACGUCAACUGAGCAAAUUCUAUUGGACAUCAGAGGGCACAAGCUUCUGAAUUGGCCUGUCUGUAUGAGGGCCGACCCAGAUCAUCGAGACAAAUGCAAGUACUGCCGCUUCCAUCAGGAUUACGACCACAACACAGCUGAUUGUGUGGACCUUAAAGAUGAGAUCGAGGCCCUCGUCCAUAAAGGCCAUCUGCGCCAAUAUACCAAGGAAGGAAAAACAGCUCGGAAAGAAGAGCGAGAGAAACCGAAUAACACCACAGAAGAGCCAACCGAAAUCCGCACCAUCUUCGGCGGCUCGUCAGGAGGAGGAGAUCCAAACAGGGCUCGAAAAGCCCAUUCUCGGAAGUCUGAUCCGGAACAUCAUGUCCACUUGACCGAGCGGCCAAGCAAAGAGCUUCGGGUCAAUCUGUAUAAUAUGACCUUCUCGGAAGACGAUGCGUGCGGAAUCCAACAUCCGCACGACGAUGCCCUUGUGGUCACUAUGACCAUAGCCAACCAUAAGGUGUACUGUAUCCUGGUCGACACCGAAAGCUCAGCAAAUGUGAUCUACUCUGAGGCAUUCGAAAGAAUGGGGAUCCUAAGGUCACGCCUCAGACCUGUGAAGACCUCCUUACAUGGUUUUGUCGGAGAAAGGGUGAUCUCCGAGGGAGUCAUCUCCCUCCCUGUGACCACAGGAGAAGGACAACAUCAAGUCAUCAUCAUGGUAGAUUUCCUCGUUGUCAAUGUGCCAUCAGUACAUAACGUCAUUUUGGGCAAACCUUCUCUCAAUGCAGUGAGGGCAGUCGUCUCCACCUAUCAUCUAAUGAUAAAAUUUCCCAUCGAGGGUGGGGUAGGUUACCUCUGA